AUGGCUUUCCGUGGAAUGCUUUGGCAACAAAAAUUGCUUUUUGGGGCAUUCAUUUUAGCAGCAACAGCUACAUCUCAACCCGAUCCGAACUGCAACAAGACAUGUGGAAAUCUUAGCAUUCCAUACCCAUUUGGAACAACCGAGGGCUGUUACCUUGAUUCAUCUUUUCUCAUCACUUGUAACUACACGUCCGCCGGCACUCCAACACCAUUUCUGCGCAAAGGUGAUCUACCUGUCCUCAACAUAUCAUUGGAUGGUGAGCUGCGAAUCUUAUCCUCCAUAGCCCGUGACUGCUACAACGAGUCAGGGUUUUUUGUCAACGGCACAUAUUCCGGGUUCUCAUUGUCGAAGUUCCGCGUCUCAUAUACGAGGAACAAGUUCACUGCCAUCGGUUGCGCCACUUAUGCGUAUAUUUCGGGGGAAGUUGAUGAUGGUAAUUCAGAAGUAAAGAACUACACGGCUGGAUGUACAUCAGUCUGUGACACAUUUGACAGCAUGGAUAACGGGUCUUGCUCUGGCAUUGGCUGUUGCCAGACUUCUAUCCCAGAAGGAUUAAUAGAUUUCACUACUGCAGUUGGGAGCUUCAAGAACCACUCCAAAGUAUACAGGUUCAAUCCUUGUGAUUUCGGUUUUGUGGUGGAAGAAAAAGCCUACAACUUUUCUCGCUUUGAUCUUAAAAGUUUACAGUUUAGAGAGACCUUUCCCGUGGUGCUUGAUUGGGCAGUAGGAAAUGACACAUGCCCAGAUGCUCAAAAGAAUUUGACGAGCUAUGCAUGCAAGGCUGCACAUAGUGAAUGUUACAAUUCCACCAACGGUCCAGGGUAUCGUUGCAAAUGCUCCAGUGGCUUUCUGGGGAACCCUUACCUCCCUGAUGGUUGCUUUGAUAUUGAUGAGUGCAGCAACAAACUAGACAACUGCGAUAAUAAGUCUCAAAUAUGCAACAACUCUCCUGGGGGUUUCUACUGUUCUUGUAGCGAGGGGUACGAAGUCGAUGGAAGCGGAACAAGUUGCCGUGCUAAAGUCAACCAAUCUAAGGUUAUCAGUAUUGCUUUGGGUAUCAGCAUAGGCCUCUUAGCAUUGGUUGUGGGAGGUUCUUGGAUAUCUUGGGUAUUGAAAAGAAGAAAGCUUCUCAAGCUCAAAGAAAGAUUCUUCAAACAAAAUGGUGGAUUAAUGUUACAACAAAAACUCUUGAGUCAUAGAGGGUCGGUCAAGACAGAUAAAAUCUUUAGUGCAAAAGAGCUUGAAAAUGCCACAAACAACUACGAUAAGAGUAGAGUCAUUGGUCAAGGAGGCUAUGGAACUGUUUACAAAGGAGUGUUGCCUGAUAACAAAGUAGUUGCCAUUAAAAAGUCCAAAAUCAGUGAUCAAAGACAGAUUGAGCAAUUCAUAAAUGAAGUGGUUGUGCUCACCCAAAUUAACCAUAGGAAUGUGGUUAAGCUAUUAGGUUGUUGUUUAGAAACAGAAGUGCCCUUACUAGUUUAUGAAUUCAUCACAAAUGGGACUCUUUCUGACCACAUUCAUAAUAAAAGCCUAUCAUCCUCACUUUCAUGGGAAAUACGUUUGAAGAUAGCAGCAGAAACUGCAGGAGCACUUGCAUACUUACACUUUUCAACUUCUAUGCCAAUUAUACACAGGGAUGUGAAAACUACAAAUAUACUAUUAGAUGAUAACUACAUGGCAAAAGUGUCUGACUUUGGAGCUUCGAGGCUAGUACCUCUUGAUCAAACACAAUUAACCACUUUGGUGCAAGGAACUUUCGGAUACUUGGAUCCCGAAUACUUCCAUACUAGCCAACUAACAGAAAAAAGUGAUGUCUAUAGCUUUGGCGUUGUUGUGGCAGAGCUAUUAACGGGAAAUGAGGCACUCUCUUUCAAUAGGCCCGAAAGUGAUCGAAAUCUAGCAAUGUACUUUGUUUCUGCAAUAAAAGAGGAUCGCCUACUUGAAAUUCUUGACAAUCACAUUGUCAAUGAAAGUAAUAUUGAAGAACUAAAGGAAGUUGCUAAUCUUGCAAAAAGGUGCUUAAGGGUAAGAGGGGAAGAUAGGCCUUCAAUGAAGGAAGUGGCAAUGGAGUUGGAGGGAUUAACAGUUAUGGGGAAGCAUCCAUGGGGAAAGGCUGCUAUCUACACGGAAGAGACUGAGUACUUGCUCGAUGUCCCUGCACACUCUUUCAACAUUGAUGUUGGCACUUCUACCACUGGGUACGAUAGCAUGCCAAACCAGCUACUAGAACCACUGGAUGAUGGUAGAUAAUUUAUUAGUGCAUGGUGAUGCAGACGACAAGUUAUUGGGUCUUAUAAUUUUAUUUAGGUUUUAUUAGUUGUAAUUUAUGUUUAUUUUAAUUUUCAAGAGUCAAAGUAUUUUGUAAUUCAAUAAAUGGGUGUUUUCCUA